AUGGACCUUCAAGAAGCACAUCAGAAUCGACGAGAACGCGAGGACGCAUAUGGACAAUGUUAUGAGCGAUCGUCAUGGAAGUCGUUGUACCUGCGGAAGAAGCGAAUCAUUUCCAAUUGGCGCUCCCGAGCGAUUCAAUCAAGCACUGUUCUAAGGUCUGGUCAUAUCGUUGCUGGUAAUGAUCGUGAUAAUACGUUGCGGAUCUGGAAUGUUGAUGAUGCUCAACCGGCUUUCACUCUAACUGGCCACAUGGAUGGUGUUAGGACGUCUCAAGUGAGCGAUGAUGGCAAAUACAUUGUCAGUGGCUCGACUGAUCAAACGGUUUUGUGUGUGAAAUUUGAUGGAGAACGAGUUGUAUCUAGUGGCAAUGAUUUUAAUGUAAAGGUUUGGAAUGUGCAGACUGGGGAGUGUUUGCACACGCUGACGGGUCACAACGAUUCAAUCGAAUCACUUUUAUUUGAACCGGAGCGCGAUCUUGUCGUCUCGGGAGGUCGGGAUGGAACGAUGCGCGUCUGGGAUGUGCGAAGAGGAACAUGCAUCGCGAUUCUUGUCACACAUCAAAAUUCCUGCUCUGACGUCCAGCUUCGCGGAAAUAUUUUGGUCUCCUGCUAUACCGACUCUGACGUUGGGGUUUGGGACAUUCGUGAUGGUGGUUCGCGCAUUCAUCUCCUGCAAGACGUAAGUGGUCGCACGUUUGAAAUCACUUCAUUGCAAUGGCUCGACUCGGGACUUUUGGUGACAAGCUCUAACGAUGGCUUCGUCAAGCUGUGGGAUGUGGAUAAAGUUAUUUUUGUUCGUGACCUCGUCUGGGAUGUUGAUGAUGCUCAACCGGCUUUCACUCUAACUGGCCAUAUGGGUCAUAUUUUGACAUUUCAAGUGAGCGAUGAUGGCGAAUACAUUGUCAGUGGCUCCUCUGAUCAAACCGUGCGCGUUUGGUGUGGUCAAACCGGUGUACAGCGUUAUGUUCUGCAGGGGCAUACGGGUACUGUUAAGUGCAUAAGUCUACAUGGCACAACUCUUGUUUCUGGAUCGCACGAUCAAACACUCCGGGUUUGGGACAUUGUCGACGGGAAAUGCCUUCACAUUUUGACUGGCCACUUGGCGGAGGUGCGUUUUGUGCUAUUUGAUGGAAAACGGGUUGUUUCUAGUGCUGAUGGUGAUGAUUUUACCGUAAAGGUUUGGAAUGCACACACGGAGGAGUGUUUGCACAUGUUGACGGGUCACACGGAUAUAAUCCUUUCACUUUUGUUUGAGUCAGAGCGUGAUCUUGUUGUGUCGGGUAGUCGUGACGGAACGAUUCGCGUCUGGGAUGUGCGAAGAGGAACAUGCAUCGCACAUCUUGUCUUUCAUCAAGGGUCACAGCCGAGUGGUGACUUUGAGGUACAGUUUCGCGGAAACAUUUUGGUCUCCUAUUACGACUCGGAAGUUAAGGUUUGGGACAUUCGUGACGGUGGCUCGUGCACUCAUCGUUUACGAGAGGCAAAUGGUCGCACGUCGAACAUCACUUCAUUGCAAUUGCUUGACUCCGGACUUUUGGUGACAGGUUCGAUGGAUGGCUCGGUCAUGCUGUGGGAUGUGGAUAAAGGUAUCUUCGUUCGUGAUCUCGUUCGUCUUGCAUCGUGUGGAUAUGGCGGUUACAAUUGGCUUCUCAAAGCGACUGAAACAUUGCUCGUAGGUGCAUUUGAAGCGAGAUUGGCAAGGAGCACAAAUCUGAUGUUGAUCGAUUUUGACGCAUCGUAUCCA